AGCCCCACGGAGACAGCGAGGAGGACCCCCAGACCCACGGAGAGAGCAAGGGGGGGAACGAGGACCCCUAGACCCAUGGGGACAGCAAAGGGGACCCCCAGCCCCAUGGGGACAGCGAGGAGGAGGAUGAGGACCCCCAGCCCCACUGAGACACCAAGAGGGACCCCCAGCCCCAUGGAGAAAGCAAGGGGGACCCUCAGCCCCACGGAGACACCGAGGAGGACCCCUAGACCCAUAACAACAGCGAGGGGGGGACGAGGACCCCCAGCCCCACGGAGACACCAAGAGGGACCCCCAGUCCCAUGGAGACAGCGAGGGGGGGAGCGAGGACCCCCAGCCCCACAGAGACACCGAGGGGGGGGAUGAGGACCCCCAGCCCCACGGAGACAGUGACGGGGACCCCCAGCCCCACAGAGACACUGAGGGGGACCCCCAGCCCCACGGAGACAGCGAGGAGGAGGAUGAGGACCCCUAGACCCAUAGAGACAGUGACGGGGGGGACAAGGACCCCCAGCCCCAUGGGGACUACGAGGGGGAUCCCCAGCCCCACGGAGACAGCGAGGAGGACCCCUAGACCCAUAACGACAGUGAGGGGGGGAAUGAGGACCCCCAGCCCCAUGGGGACACCGAGGGGGGGGACGAGGACCCCCAGCCCCACGGAGACACCGAGGGGGGGGACGACGACCCCCAGCCCCACGGAGAAGGCGAGGGGGACCCCUAGACCCAUAACGACACCGAGGGGGACCCCCAGCCCCAUGGGGACAGCGAGGGGGAGGAUGAGGACCCCCAGCCCCACGGGGACAGCAACGGGGACCCCCAGCCCCACGGAGACAGCGAGGGGGGGGAUGAGGACCCCCAGCCCCACGGAGACAGCGAGGAGGACCCCCAGACCCACGGAGAGAGCAAGGGGGGGAACGAGGACCCCUAGACCCAUGGGGACAGCAAAGGGGACCCCCAGCCCCAUGGGGACAGCGAGGAGGAGGAUGAGGACCCCCAGCCCCACUGAGACACCAAGAGGGACCCCCAGCCCCAUGGAGAAAGCAAGGGGGACCCUCAGCCCCACGGAGACACCGAGGAGGACCCCUAGACCCAUAACAACAGCGAGGGGGGGACGAGGACCCCCAGCCCCACGGAGACACCAAGAGGGACCCCCAGUCCCAUGGAGACAGCGAGGGGGGGAGCGAGGACCCCCAGCCCCACAGAGACAGUGACGGGGACCCCCAGCCCCACAGAGACACUGAGGGGGACCCCCAGCCCCACGGAGACAGCGAGGAGGAGGAUGAGGACCCCUAGACCCAUAGAGACAGUGACGGGGGGGACAAGGACCCCCAGCCCCAUGGGGACUACGAGGGGGAUCCCCAGCCCCACGGAGACAGCGAGGAGGACCCCUAGACCCAUAACGACAGUGAGGGGGGGAAUGAGGACCCCCAGCCCCAUGGGGACACCGAGGGGGGGGACGAGGACCCCCAGCCCCACGGAGACACCGAGGGGGGGGACGACGACCCCCAGCCCCACGGAGAAGGCGAGGGGGACCCCUAGACCCAUAACGACACCGAGGGGGACCCCCAGCCCCAUGGGGACAGCGAGGGGGAGGAUGAGGACCCCCAGCCCCACGGGGACAGCAACGGGGACCCCCAGCCCCACGGAGACAGCGAGGGGGGGGAUGAGGACCCCCAGCCCCACGGAGACAGCGAGGAGGACCCCCAGACCCACGGAGAGAGCAAGGGGGGGAACGAGGACCCCUAGACCCAUGGGGACAGCAAAGGGGACCCCCAGCCCCAUGGGGACAGCGAGGAGGAGGAUGAGGACCCCCAGCCCCACUGAGACACCAAGAGGGACCCCCAGCCCCAUGGAGAAAGCAAGGGGGACCCUCAGCCCCACGGAGACACCGAGGAGGACCCCUAGACCCAUAACAACAGCGAGGGGGGGACGAGGACCCCCAGCCCCACGGAGACACCAAGAGGGACCCCCAGUCCCAUGGAGACAGCGAGGGGGGGAGCGAGGACCCCCAGCCCCACAGAGACACCGAGGGGGGGGAUGAGGACCCCCAGCCCCACGGAGACAGUGACGGGGACCCC